CAGCGAGUCAGGCCCACAAUUCACUCGGGACAGCAAAUAUUAAGUCGGAUGAUUAACGAGGAAGGAGGAGGAAAGAACACCCGUGAGGAAGAAGAAGAGAAGGAGAGAAUCAGAAGCAGCAGGAGCUAAUAGAUCAUGAUGCGAUACAAAGAGGAAAAAGAGGCAAAGAAGGAAGCUUUCAGGAAAUAUCUUGAAUCUAAUGGAGUUCUUGAUUCUCUCACCAAAGUUCUGGUUGCAUUAUAUGAGCAAAAUGAUAAACCUUCCUCUGCCCUUGAAUUUAUUCAACAAAAACUCGGUGGCCCAAGUUUGUCAGAAUAUGAAAAGCUGCAAGCUGAAUUGUCAGAUUUGCAAAUGAAGUAUAAUGAUCUUUUGUCAGCGCACCAGGAAACUUGCAAAGAAUUGGAGGAACUUAAGAACUCGCAUAGUUUCACAUCUACCGAAGAAAUGACCAACGGGGAGGCACCAAAGGAUGGAACUCAAAACUGAAUGUCCAGAUGGAGAACAUGUGGAAAGGAAAGCUAAACAAAACCUUGAGUCAAAUAUAAAUAUUGAGGAAUUAAGUAGAACCAUUGUCCCCAAAGAUCAAAGUGUUGUAUCUAUGUGAUGCAGUCUCCUUGCAAUGUGUAAUAUCAUCAGUGUGCCUAUGUUUGUGAAUAUUCUAAAUCAGUUUUUAAACUACUAACGGUUUUGCUUGCAAAUUAUCUUCUUAUUCUGUUUCUGGCAUUUAGGAACUUCUCUUGUACUUUGAUUGUAAGCAUGGGCUUGGGCUUGGGCUUGCUUUGGAUGCAUUGAUUCUGCAUAUUUCUGAGA